GAUGGGGUGGUUGUUAUUGGUAUUAUUCAUGACAUGCAGUGGUUGGUCUUGGCGAUUGGCCGAGCGAUUGGGAUGAGCGUAAUCAUUUUGGUUAGAAUCAAAUAUCAUGGGAUAACCAUGAGUUGGUUUACGCAAGGAUAUCGCCGUCGAUAGAUUUCCUGGAGAUGUGGAAUGCCCCUGUCUCAUCCCCUUUGCAUGGCCGAAGCUUCAUAAUUUACCUUCUGACAGUUGGGGCCGGCCUGCCGGGCCAAGGUGACGGUUUUGCCUUCGCUGCGAAUGAUGUAACCCUCACAAGUGUCGACUAGGGUUGGGUGAGCAAACCGCGAAGAGCCCAAGCAAGUUGACGAACGCGGAGGCUUCGAUUGGUGAUCGACGGACACUGGCAGACUGGGCCAAGCACGUCGACGCUCGAGGAGGCUCCUACGGACCACCGACGAGGAGCUCCACACUUGGGAAGAGGAGACCGAGAGCGAUGCAACGAUCUUCGUGAUUGGGAGAAGGCAACCGUAACAGAUCGGCUCGACGAUAUUUAGGGCUUUAUUAAAGAAGAGUGGGCGGGCGAGCGAGUUAGGAGCCUCUGCGAUGCCGCCGCGAAGGCGAAACCGAGCCCGUCGCCGGCCGAUCACGCCGUCCGCACGGGCAGUUGAAACAGAAGCGGAUGCGGCUGCCGGUGAACUCCUCCUGGACAUCCACGAAAUGUUUUCCCACUACAACACUCUCUACUUCGACGAUUCCCUCAGCUGCUGCGCCGUGUCUUGGUCCUCCUCCACUCGCUAUAUCGGCUACUGUGAGUACUAUAGUGGGGGCUGUGAGAUAUGCUUGUCUGAACCAUUUUUAAGUACCCAAUCUAUGUGUGAUCUUAAGAAUGCUCUACUGCAUGAGAUGAUACACGCAUUCCUGUGGAUCAAAUACAAUAAUGGAGAUCACAGUGAUCACGGUUCAAGUUUCCAAGCUACAAUGAACUCCAUAAAUUCCAGUUCGGUUAUGGAUCCUCAGAGACCAGCAGCGGGCUAUAGCAUCAUGUUUGAUCAUGAUCUACAAGAGCAUCAGGAUGUUAAAGCUCGUCAAAUGAAUUGUGAACUUGGCAGAAAUGUAAUCACAUCAAACAGGAACAGAACUUUAGUCAGCGACUCCUCUAAGAACUUGUUGCCAAAUCAAUCUCUUGACAGCUCAUUCAUAUCUUGGUACUGGAACAGCCAUAAGGAAUUGCAUUCUGGGAUCUCCAUCUCACCAGAACCCCCUGAAUCUAAUUGCGAAAAAAUCAACUCAAAUGCUGAAGAAAAGUGUGCCAAGACGGAGGACAUGAAAAAACGAUUGCCCUCUCGGGUUGGAGCUCGCAGACAGAAAUUGCAUGACAAAGGACAGAAAGCCACACAUACUGAAGAAAAAAAUAGUUUAAAAAAGUAUUUCAAAUCUUCAGGUGAAGUAGCUCAUGCUUCUCUAGAUACAUCUUUCGAUAGGGGUGAAUCUCAGGUGCAAAGCAAAUUUGGAGAGCUGGAAAACGUUGAAUCUCAAAUGGGGGCCAAAAAAGUCCCGAAACGUCGAAGAACAUCAAAUUACAGGAAGCAUGUUUCUACUCCCUCGAAAAGAAGAAAACAGGGAACCUCUGAAAAUGGAUGCACAGUUAGGAUUCCAUCAUUAGGCUAUUAUGAAAUUGAGGGAGAUGAUGACGCAGAACCUCUGUUAAAUAAAAGGUCAGAAAGGAGGAAAAAGGAGAAAUUACUGGAUAGUCUUUUGCAUCGAAGUGCACAAGCUGCAGCAACUGAUGGGAAGAGUCUAGCUCUGAUAGGUGCCAGUGGAAAUGGUGGAGGUCAAGAUGUUGAUAGUUCUGUAAUUUACACGGAGGGUUGCCAUAACAUGACACCCUAUGAACUUGUGAAGGAUGCUCAUGAAGCACGCCCUUGUCUCUUUCAAAUAGAGAAUAUUGAAAUAGACACUGAACCAUCUAUGAAGGAUGUUUUGUUGCUCUGCCCUGCAGAUGAUCAAAUUGUGGAGUCAGGAGCUUUUGAAGAUGAAUCUAGCGUGAGGGUGCAGAAUGGUCUACGCAAGAGUAUGACUCCACAAAAUUCACUAGAUCUUGUGUAUAUCUCAGAUGACUAAAGGCCAUGCUCCUUUUGCCAGGCUCUGUUUUGUUUUUUGAUUUCCUCCGAGGCAUACUAACCCCAGUAGGCAAGCUUAGUUGAAGCAACUUUUGGGCAUUUGUUAUGUUAUUAGCUUUUUGUUCACCCCAAAGCGGAUAUAGGGAAUCAAACUACAAUCUUGAAGUAUAUAGUUAAAUUGUUACUAACUUAGCUUUCAUGUGCGCAAUGAUAGAAUUACAAAUCACUGAUGCAUUUCUUGAAUUUUCAA